AUGGUGGUUUCUGGAGCUGGUGGAGGAGGAGGUCGGGGAAACACCAAAGCCCUCACCCUCCAAGUCCUCAAUGGAAGGUGGUUCAUGAUGUUUGCUUCUCUUUUGAUCAUGUCAGCUGCUGGAGCCACCUACAUGUUUGGCAUAUACUCCAGUGACAUCAAAUCUGUGCUUGGAUAUGACCAAACUACCCUCAAUCUCCUCAGCUUCUUCAAGGACCUGGGUGCCAAUGUUGGUGUCCUUUCUGGUCUUAUCAACGAGGUCACUCCCCCAUGGGUGGUCUUAUCAAUUGGUGCGGUGCUCAACUUUUUUGGGUACUUCAUGAUUUGGAUGGCUGUGACCAAAAAAAUUGCCAGGCCCCAAGUUUGGCAUAUGUGCCUUUACAUUUGUAUAGGUGCAAAUUCUCAGUCUUUUGCAAACACUGGCUCUCUGGUCACUUGUGUGAAAAAUUUCCCAGAAAGCCGUGGAGCUGUUUUGGGGAUUUUGAAGGGCUAUGUAGGGCUCAGUGGUGCUAUAAUCACACAGUUAUAUUAUGCUUUUUAUUAUGAUGACACCAAGGCUUUGAUUUUGUUGAUUGGGUGGCUUCCUGCUGUCAUUUCUUUUGCCUUUCUGCGUACAAUUCGGAUCAUGAAGGUCACUAGGCGACCCAAUGAGCUCAAAGUGUUUUAUAAUAUGCUGUAUAUCUCACUUGGGCUUGCUGGGUUUUUGAUGAUCAUGAUCAUAGUAGAGAAGAGUGUGACAUUCAAUCAAAGUGAGUAUGGUGCAAGUGCUGCCAUGGUUAUUUUCUUGCUUGUCCUCCCACUUGCUGUGGUUAUUAUUGAGGAGUUUAAGAUCUGGGAAGGCAAGAAAGUUGAGUUGAACGGCGGUUCGGACUUGAAAAUAGUUACGGAGAAGCCUCAACCAGAAGUGACGUCUGAUGAUCUGUCACGACCCAGGGAAACGCUCGCCACCACCACAACAGAGGCCGAACCACCCACCGCGUCGUGUUGGAAAACCAUGUUCAGGCCACCAGACAGAGGUGAGGACUACACCAUACUGCAAGCACUUUUCAGCAUUGACAUGCUCAUUCUUUUCAUGGCAUGCAUUUGUGGUGUUGGAGGCACGUUGACAGCAAUAGACAACUUGGGUCAGAUUGCAACUUCUUUUGGGUACCCAAAACGCAGCGCAAGCACUUUUGUGUCACUAGUGAGCAUAUGGAAUUAUCUGGGUCGAGUCAUGUCGGGUUUCGGGUCUGAAAUCUUAUUAAAAAGAUACAAAUUCCCUCGUCCUCUCAUGCUCACCCUAACCCUAUUGCUCUCUUGUGUUGGUCACCUUCUAAUUGCAUUCAAUGUCCCAAAUGGUCUCUAUGUAGCCUCCAUCAUAAUAGGGUUUUGUUUUGGUGCCCAAUGGCCUCUACUUUUUGCCAUAAUUUCUGAGCUCUUCGGCCUCAAAUACUACUCCACUUUGUACAAUUUUGGGUCAUCUGCUAGCCCAGUUGGGCUAUACUUGCUCAAUGUGAAGCUCACAGGUCAUCUAUAUGACAAAGAAGCCAAGAAGCAGCUAGCAGCUUCGGGACUUGUAAGAAAAGCAGAGGAGGAAUUGAAUUGUGCUGGUGGAGAGUGCUUCAAAUUGGCCUUCAUUGUGAUUGCUGCAGCCACAUUUUUUGGGACAUUGGUUUCACUCAUUUUGGUGAUCAGGACUAGAAAGUUUUACAAGAGUGAUAUAUACAAGAAGUUCAGAGAGGCAGCACAAGCUGCUGAGACUGAGAUGGCCAUGGCAGAUCAAAAUGGAGCAAACCCAUUAGAAACUAACGGAAGAUCAAAAUAG